AUGUCGAUCCCGCCAUACCCCUCCGCUCACCUCGCUUUCCCUUUACUUAGCUUUCUCUUUCCCCCCUCCUCCCCCCUCUCACCCUCCUUUCCUCCCCCCCCCCCCUCCCCAUCUCCCUCGCCCCUCCCCCACACUCAGGGCGCAACGCCCGGCCAGCGCAUUCUCGCAACGGCGGGCCUCCUCGGCCCCAUGGGUGUCUCCCCCGUUCCCCCCGGCGCAGCUCCUGGCGCAGGGGGAGCCCCCGGCGCGCCUGCUUCCGCGCAGCAACAGCAGCCCGCGGACGUGCAGGCGCAGGUGGCACUGCUGGCGGGCCAAUUAGAUGACGCCACGUUGCUGCGCCUGCUGCAGCAGCGCGCAGCGCAAGGCUCGCUGCUGACGAGCGUGGCGGCGGGAUUCGGACUUACCGGCGCAGGCGGCGGAGCCCCCCCCGGCGGAGCUCCCGCGGGGGGACUUGGCGGAGGCCCGACGGGGCCUGGCGGACCUGGCGCUCCCGCGGGGGCGCCAGGCGCGCAAGGAGUGGCUCCCCCUGGUCCGGGGGGCCCUGCGCCAGGGGGACCGGGGGGAGUGCCCCCCGGACAGGGGGGGCAGAUGUUGGGUCCGCAAGGGGGAGUGGGGCCGGCGGGAGGGGGAGGGGGAGUGGGGCCCGGAAUGGGCCUAAAGGUGCCUCAGUUUCGCCAGCAACCACAUGCGCAAGACACCCCGCCAGCCCCAGCAUUCAACGGGCUCGUAUCAAAUCCGCCGCCCAUGCAAGGCCAGCAGCACCCCAACUCCGCGCGCAGGGGAGCGGGGGAGCGGGCGGGAGUGCAGGCGGAGGGGGAGGCGGAGGCGGAGGAGGGGGAGGGGGGGGGAGGGGGGAAACCGAGGGCGAGGGCGAGACGAGGGCAAGCGACGGAUCCCCACAGCAUUGCAGAGAGACUGCGCCGAGAGCGCAUAGCGGAGAGAAUGCGCGCGCUACAGGACCUGGUGCCCAACUCGAAUCGCGUGGACAAGGCGUCAAUGCUGGAUGACAUUAUCGACUAUGUCAAGUUCCUGCAACUGCAGGUCAAGGUGCUUAAUCUCAACCGCCUGGCAGGCCCUGCAGCUGAUGCCGUGGUCACUCUGCUUGCUGACCUGAACCCAGAGGCACUAGUGCUAACGUCGAGAGGCAUGAGUGCAGAUGGCAUUGCUGAUGGGGCAGGACAUAGGAACAGCAAUGCAGUACCUGCAGAGGAAGGGUCUCUGUGCCUCAUGGCUUGCUUCUUAUAUGGUCUUGUUUGCCUGUCCACCCCUGUGAAUCCUCCCUCUAUUGUACUUGCUGUAUUGCAGGUGGCAUUAUUAAUGGAGCAGGACAUGGGAGCAGCGAUGCAGUACCUGCAGAGCAAGGGGCUGUGCCUGAUGCCUCUGGGGCUAGCCAAUAUGAUGUCCAAGGGGAAAGGGGAAGGUGGGGGGGAGGAGAGAGGUGGUGAGGGGGGUGGUGCAGGGGAGGGAGGAGGAGGAGGUGGGGGGGGAGGAGGAGGGGAGGGAGGAGGAGGGGAGGGAGGAGGGGGAGGAGGAGGGGGAGGAGGAGGAGGCGGUGGCGGAGGAGGAGGAGGGGGAGGAGGAGGAGGCGGUGGCGGAGGAGGAGAGUGGGGAGGAGGAGGGGGAGAUGGUGGGGAAGGCGACAUGGAUGUGAAGGUUGGCUCUAUACAGAUGACGGGACCAACAGCUGCAGCAGGAGGGGGAGUAGCAGCAACAUCAGCUCCUGGUUCCUCUCCUUCUCUUGCCCCUGCAGCUGUGGCAGCACCUGUUUCUCCUGCCGCUGCUGCCGCUGAGUCUCCCACCCCAGUUGCUGCAGCUACUCUUACCAGUCAGGCUGCUCCUGCCAUGAGUCCUGGUGCUGCUGGUGGGUCCACUGGUGCAGGAACAGGAGGCAUGGGAGUGGCUACAUUGCCUGGAGCUGGUGAUUCACCUUCUAGGGGAGUUGGUGGGGGUCAAACUGGGUCGCCUGUGCCAGCACCAGCAGGAGCGGUUGUGGCAGGAGGAGGAGGAGGGGCAGCAGCAGCAGCAGCAGCAGCAGUGUCAGCAGGAGCAGGUGCCUCUGCCUCCCCUACCUUAGCAGCAAGAGCAGCAGCGGCAGCAGCACCAGGAGGAGAUGGGGGAGUGAGAUCCCCAUGUGUGAAAAUGGAAGAGGUGGAGGAGCGUGGGGCAGAACGUGCUGCAGGUGGUGGGGUAGCAGCAGGAGGAAUAGGGGUGACGGCAGCAGGUAGCGGUGUUAGUGCAGGAGGGGGGGGAGGAGAGAGUGAGACUGACAAGAAGGUUGGGGCAGCAACAGGAGUGCUGAACGCCGGUGCCAUGGAGGUUUCUGGACAGAGCAGUGCAGUGGUGGCAGCUGCUACUGGUGUUGCUGCCGGGGGUGUGGCUGCUGUUGCUGUGAAUGCUGGCGUGUCUGCUAUGGAGGGAAUCACUACAGCGUCAUGA